AUGCAUCCAAAGGAUGGUGACGCCGAAGAGGGCCCUGCUGACAUCUGGGAUAAGACGUUUGACAUCAAUGUUAAGGGCGUCUGGUAUGGAAGCAAACACGCCGUCAGAUCUCUGCGCAAGCAUGGCAAGAAGAAGGGCAGUAUCAUCAACACUGCCAGCAUGGGUGCUGUUAUGGCUUUCACAAGAGAGAUGGCUAUUGUGCACGCCAGAGAAGGCUUCCGCUUUAAUACCAUUUGCCCAGCACCUCUGAAUACACCGAUGCUUCAGGAUUUUCUGGGCAACGACGAAGAUCAGCGAUUCAGACGAGAGAUUCACUUCCCAACGGGCCGAUUCGGAGAGGCUAUUGAGCAAGCACAAGCUGCUGUCUUCCUCGCCAGUGACGAGAGCAGUUUUGUCAACGCUCAUGACCUGGUUGUGGAUGGUGGGCUCACAAAGGCCUACGUGACACCCGAUGGACCUCCCACCGAGCCCCCUCGGAACUUGGGAAAGCAAUAG